AAAUAUCACGAUAUUUAUUUAGUUUUUUCCAAAAAUAUCGUUAUAUUGAUAUACUUUUCACAUCCCUAGUACUAACAUAAAACACACAACUGUAAUUUUCAGAUUAUCUGUUUUUGCCUGAAAAGACAACACACAAAAAGACAGACACAGUUGAUAGUCAUGAAAUUUAUCGGCCUUUGAAAAUAAAUUAAAAACAUUACUGAAGCUUGUUGUCAUCAUUGUUUUAAAGUAGAGCUACCGUUGCUGAUACUUUUGUAAAUGGAUCUGUAUGACGGCAUUGAUACGAGGGCGCGUUCAAGCCAGAUCGAUGGAUGGUCUUCGGGAAUAAAAAUGUUGCAGACCCAACUGGCAGUAAAAAUGGCUGUAAAAAAACCACUCAUGACGCCAGUAGUCAAUCUAAGAGCCAAACGCCUCGCAGAUCCAGAAGUUACAUGUUUAGCUCCAAUGACUACGGUUGUAUCCAAGACUUUAUUAACUGGCAAAGCUCUUCCGCCCAUACUGGAAAGAGUAAACAAUGGCGACUGGGACGUUACUGAUGAAUACGACCCGCAAUGGCCAAAUGAAUACGAAAAACUCAAGGAGAAAACUAAUGGCAGUGACAAAACUCGGUCUUUUGUUGGUGUCGGCGCAGAUGGAUGUGAUCGAGAAGAUAGAGAUAAUGACAAGGAAAAAGAUAGGAAACGUGGACGUGUCGGUCGUCGAGAAGUUCACAGAGACGAUGUCUUAGCUCCUAAUUUGAAAUUCAGCGGGUUUGGACAGCGCCAAAAUGAUGAUGACAUAUACUUGCCAUCCGCGGGAUCUGUAGCUAAGCAGGGAGGAGCCACAAUCGCUCCCCCUCCGUCCCUCCAAGAAAUAUCAAUUGAUAGUGGCUGCGAAGUCUCUAAUACAAUGCCGUAUUCUGCCAGUUCGGUAGCCGCCAAAAUUAUGGCUAAAUAUGGCUUUAAGGAUGGUCAAGGCCUCGGAAAAUCGGAGCAAGGUAUGGCCAUAGCCCUUCAAGUAGAGAAAACCUCGAAACGUGGUGGACGGAUCAUACACGAAAAAGACUCUUUUUUGCCACCUCUGGCAUUGUCGCCACCUUCGAUGGGCUUUCAAAUAGGACCAAGUCCCAGUCAUAAGGCCAUGCUUCUUCCCCAGGUGGCAGGCAAGGCGGCUGAGAGUGGCGAGACCGGAACCAGCAUCACGGAGAUUAUGAAAUCACCAAGCAAGGUUGUUCUUCUACGUAAUAUGGUAGGACCUGGGGACGUUGACGAAGAAUUGGAACCCGAGGUAAAAGACGAAUGCAACACAAAGUACGGCGAAGUAAACAGCGUCAUUAUUCACGAAUCGUUCGGAACUGUGCCAGAAGAUGCGGUUAAAAUAUUCGUGGAGUUUAGACGUAUCGAAAGUGCCAUUAAAGCUGUAGUGGACCUGAACGGGCGCUUUUUUGGAGGACGUCAAGUACGAGCGGGGUUUUACAACUAUGAUAAAUUUAAACGUUUUCAAUUGUAUUAGCACUUAUAUUCGUACAAUUAAGAAGCGGCGUUCUGACUGUGUAACAGAAAUCA